AUGGCGAUGAUUAUAGCAAAGAUGAUGAUGAUGAUGAUAAUGACGAUGAUGGCGAUGGAAGUGAUGGGGAAAAACUGCGCGAAGACGGGACAAAUUCUAAGAUGUCAUCGCUACGAAAAAAAGAUUCUCAGGGCAGGAGUCAGGAUUAUUCAUCUUGGUGAGAGUGCUGAUGAGGAAGGACUAAAGGAACUCCGGGAUGUCAAUCGCUUACAGAUAGAACACACGACGAUGACCUGCUCGGAUUUUCUACACCGGGAUAUUAUCGAAGUUAUCUUGAACGGGGUGAGAUGUCAGAGAACUCUGAUGAUAACUGUAACUCAGCAUGAAACCUCAACAAAGGAACAACUGAACGUGACAAAUGCCGUGGUGGAGAUCGGACUCGUAGGAAUCGUGGUCUUGUUAUUCCUAACAAUCCUGUUUCCUAUACAAAACCUGGAUGAAGUUCAGCACGUGCACAUUCCAGCGCAUCAACACAUUCCAAGAAGAUCCCAGCGUAUCAGAAGAGAACCGGUCCGUUACGGAUAUUGA